CGCGGCCCCGCCGAGCCCGGGCGGCGGCGGUGGAGGCAGCCGCGCGCGAGGGGAGCGCUGUCCCCGCCGUCCCCUCACAGCUUCCCGCCUCGUCCCGCAUCAGCCCUCUUACGUCUGACUUGAUCCAUCCGCUCCCCAUUGGAAAGCACAAGCCCAGCAGGAAGGAGAAGUGGUCUGCAGGCUCGCCUUCGUGGGUGCCAGCUGCUGUACGAACGACUCCGCUCUCGGAUGCGAGGAAUCUGAGAUGAGAGCGCGUUAGAUUCUGACGAUCAUCUUGACACCAUUGCUUUCUUCUGUAUAUUGACAGAUAACGGAAGGGGAUUUUUUUUUUUUUUUUGCAUUGCUGAAGUUUGCGACUUUGAAAUCUCCAGUUACUGUAUGCAAGUAUACUUAAUGACAGUUUGAAGUAAGACGUGCCAUGCUGAGAAACAACAGCUUCAGAGAAAAGUGAAGGAAGAAUUUUGCUUGGCAUUCCGUCUCCAAAACUACAUCUAUACUUCUAAAUAAAAUUGGACCGGGAGGUGUUCCCUGACCCUGAGGCCAUGUGGCAUGAAGCGGACCUUGCUGAUCCUUGGGAUAAAAAGCUUGAACAUGCCUCGUAGCCCAACAUCAAGUGAAGAUGAAAUGGCACAAAGCUUUUCCGACUAUUCUGUUGAAUCUGAAUCAGACAGCUCCAAAGAAGAAACUAUUUAUGACACAAUUAGAGCAACUGCAGAAAAGCCAAGCAGCAGAAUGGAAGACAGUCAGAGCAACACAUUAGUGAUUCGAAUUAUAAUACCUGAUCUGCAACAAACGAAAUGCAUUAGAUUUAACCCAGAAGCUUCAGUGUGGGUUGCAAAGCAACGAAUUUUGUGCACUUUGAAUCAGAGUUUGAAAGAUGUCCUGAAUUAUGGACUGUUCCAGCCUGCAAGCAAUGGUAGAGAUGGGAAGUUUUUGGAUGAGGAACGACUUCUUAGGGAAUACCCACAGCCAGUGAAUAAAGGAGUUCCUUCACUUGAGUUUCGAUACAAGAAAAGAGUGUACAAACAGUUCAAUCUUGAUGAAAAACAGCUGGCCAAGCUUCAUACAAAGGCUAAUUUGAGAAAAUUUAUGGAUCAUGUCCACCAUCUCUCAGUGGAAAAAAUCACAAAGAUGUUGGACCGAGGACUGGACCCAAACUAUCAUGACCUAGAAAGUGGAGAAACACCCCUAACUUUGGCAGUUCAGCUUGACAAUACAGUAGAAGUGAUAAAAGCUCUGAAAAAUGGAGGAGCACAUUUGGACUUCAGAGCCAAAGAUGGAAUGACAGCUCUGCACAAAGCAGCCAGAGCCAAGAACCAAGUAACCCUCAAGACCCUUUUAGAACUUGGAGCGUCUCCUAACUACAAAGACAGCUGUGGUCUGACACCACUGUACCACACUGCUAUUGUGGGAGGGGAUCCUUACUGCUGUGAACUGUUACUUCAUGAACACGCUACAGUCAGUUGCAAAGAUGAAAAUGGCUGGCAAGAAAUUCAUCAGGCUUGCCGAUAUGGACACAUCCAACAUCUAGAGCACCUCCUCUUCUACGGUGCCGAUAUGUGUGCGCAGAAUGCCUCGGGAAACACAGCGCUGCACAUCUGUGCCCUGUACAACCAGGAGAACUGUGCAAGAGUGCUGCUGUUCCGGGGAGCCAACAAGGAGAUUAAGAAUUACAACAGCCAGUCUCCAUUUCAGGUGGCUAUAAUAGCAGGAAAUUUUGAGCUCGCUGAAUAUAUCAAGAAUCACAGGGAAGCUGAUAUUGUGCCCUUUAGAGAGGCUCCCACCUAUUCAAAUAGAAGGCGGAGACCUCCAAGCACCUUAGCAGCACCUCGGAUCUUACUUCGUUCCAACAGCGACAACAAUCUGAACAUCAACAACCUCCCCGAGUGGUCAGUCUCCUCCUCUGCUUCUUCACACCGCAGCCUUUCACCUCAUCUACUUCAACAGAUGCAGAAUAAUCCUAAUGGAACUGUAAAAACUGUGAGGAGUUACACUCCGUCCUCCCGGAGCCGGUCGCCAUCCCUGAACAGGCUGGGAGAGGAUGCCAAACGGCAGCAGCACAGGCACAUCAGUGCCGUUUACAAUCCUAGUGCCAACAAGGAUACUCUGUCUGCCUUGGAUUAUCAGGGUCCAAAACGCAAGCUUUACAGUGCUGUACCUGGAAGACUUUUUAUUGUCGUAAAGCCAUAUCAGCCUCAAGGAGAAGGGGAAAUUCAUCUGCACAAAGGAGAUAGAGUCAAAGUUUUAAGCAUUGGUGAAGGUGGAUUCUGGGAAGGCAGCACCCGGGGACAUAUUGGAUGGUUUCCUGCAGAAUGCGUUGAAGAAGUUCAGUGUAAACCAAAUGAAAGCAAACCAGAAACACGAACAGAUAGAACAAAGAAACUGUUUAGACACUACACAGUUGGAUCCUAUGACAGCUUUGAUGCUUCAAGUGACUGCAUAAUAGAAGAAAAGGCAGUGGUCCUGCAGAAAAAAGACAAUGAAGGAUUUGGAUUUGUGCUCAGAGGGGCAAAAGCUGACACACCAAUUGAAGAAUUCACCCCAACUCCAGCCUUUCCUGCUUUGCAGUACUUGGAAUCUGUGGAUGAAGGGGGAGUAGCAUGGCAAGCUGGCCUGAGAACUGGAGACUUUUUGAUCGAGGUUAAUAAUGAGAACGUAGUGAAAGUUGGCCACAGGCAGGUGGUGAACAUGAUUCGACAAGGGGGCAAUCACCUCGUUCUUAAGGUUGUCACAGUAACCAGGAAUCUUGAUCCAGAUGACACAGCUAGAAAGAAAGCCCCACCACCUCCUAAGCGAGCUCCAACCACUGCACUGACCUUGCGGUCUAAGUCAAUGACCUCAGAGCUUGAAGAGCUUGCUUCAGUACGGAAGAAGAAGGAUAAGGUGGAUGAAAUAGUACCAGUUUCCAAGCCAUCAAGAAUUGCAGACAAUGCAACUGUGGACUCAAGAGUGGCAACUAUUAAACAGCGGCCUUCUAGUAGAUGUUUUCCCUCAGCUACAGAUAUGAAUUCCAUGUAUGAGAGACAGGGUAUUGCUGUGAUGACGCCCACUGUACCAGGGAGUCCUCAAGGUCCUUUUCUGGGUAUACCUCGGGGUACAAUGAGAAGACAAAAAUCUAUAGGAAUAACAGAGGAAGAACGACAGUUUUUGGCUCCUCCUAUGCUGAAGUUUACCAGAAGUCUUUCAAUGCCUGACACCUCCGAAGAUAUCCCACCGCCGCCACAGUCCUUACCUCCUUCACCACCACCACCUUCUCCCUCUCUGUACAACUCUCCCAAAUCCCCGACGUCAAGGAGCUAUGGAACUAUUAAACCUCCAUUUAAUCAGAAUUCAGGUUCAAAAAUUUCUUUGGUUAGGCCUGAGAAUGUGGGGACAAUGAUAAGGGACAAAGGGAUCUAUUACAGACGAGAACUGGACCGAUACUCUCUGGACUCUGAAGACCUGUACAGUCGGAGUGCCGCAUCUCAGGCAAAUUUCAGGAACAAGAGGGGUCAGAUGCCAGAAAACCCAUAUUCUGAGGUUGGGAAGAUUGCAAGCAAAGCAGUUUACGUGCCAGCCAAACCAGCGAGGCGGAAGGGGAUGCUGGUGAAACAAUCCAAUGUUGAAGACAGUCCGGAAAAGACCUGCUCUAUUCCAAUCCCAACAAUUAUUGUGAAAGAGCCGUCCACCAGCAGCAGUGGGAAAAGCAGCCAAGGGAGCAGCAUGGAAAUCGAUCCCCAGUCUUCAGAGCAACCCGGGCAGCUCCGACCCGACGAUAGCUUAGGUGUCAGCGGUCCGUUUGCAGCAGCCAUUGCUGGAGCAGUGAGGGACAGGGAAAAGAGGCUGGAAGCAAGGCGUAAUUCUCCAGCCUUCCUUUCCACAGACCUAGGAGAUGAGGAUGUUGGGCUAACACCACCAACACCGCGUAUGAGGCAAUCUAAAUUUACCGAUGAAGCAAUGUUUAGCAGUGAAGAUGGGUUUAGACAGCUUAUGUCACCAUCUCCGAUUCCCGCACCUAGAGAGCCUGAAAAUCUUUUUAAUAGCAGUGAACCCAGCAAUCAAAGUGAUUCAAGGACAUUAAACACUUCGUCCAAAACGAAAGGUACUGAAAACGGUACAGUGGCAGCUAAGUCCACGAAUGCAUCCAGCUCAGAUAAUUACGUUCACCCGGUCACAGGAAAGCUAUUAGAUCCAAACUCACCGCUAGCCCUCGCUCUCUCUGCCAGGGACAGAGCCAUGAAAGAACAAACACAGCAGAUUCCAGGCAAAGGAGACGCUGUUAAAGCUGACCUUAAUAAACCGCUUUACAUCGAUACAAAGCUGAGACCCAAUAUUGAAACGACUUUUCCUGUUACUGCUACUGUCACUAGGCAAAAUACUCGUGGCCCAUUGAGACGGCAGGAGACAGAGAACAAGUAUGAAACGGAUGCAGGGAAAGAAAAGAAAGCUGAGGAGAAGAAAAACAUGUUGAUAAACAUUGUGGAUACUUCGCAGCAAAAGUCAGCUGGCUUGUUAAUGGUUCAUACCGUGGACACAGCAAAGUCAGAUGAUACGCCCGAAGAUGAAGAGGAAAAGAGAGCUCAAAUGGAACCGAACCCCGAAAACUCCCCGCCAGAGAGGCCGGAGGGGAGCGAGGAAGCGGAAAGUGAGCUGAACGUGCCUCCUGCGCCUGAGCCACCGGCAUCUCCCUGCAAAACCAUCGUAGCAGCGAGCUCUGUCGACGACCCUGUCAUCUUGCCGUUCCGCAUCCCUCCGCCACCCUUAGCAUCAGUUGAUAUCGAUGAAGAGUUUAUUUUUACUGAGCCACUACCACCCCCCUUAGAGUUCGCCAACAGCUUUGAUAUCCCCGACGACCGCGCAGCUCCCGGUUCGGCUCUAACGGACUUGAUUAAGCAAAGAAAAAACGGCACGCCUUCACCCGCGCCAUUUGCCCCCAGCCAGUCAACAAAUUCCUUAGACAGUAAAAAGCAAGUGGGUCUUUCAAACUGUUUGCCUGCCUCCUUUCUGCCACCCCCUGACAGCUUUGAUAACGUCACUGACUCUGGGAUUGAGGAGGUAGACAGUCGAAGUAGUAGUGACCAUCACUUAGAGACAACCAGCACUAUCUCAACGGUGUCCAGCAUCUCUACCUUGUCCUCGGAAGGGGGUGAGAACGUGGAUACUUGUACAGUCUAUGCAGAUGGGCAAACAUUUCUGGUGGACAAACCCCCAGUACCUCCUAAGCCAAAAAUGAAGCCCAUAAUCAACAAAAGCAAUGCACUUUACAAGGAUGCGCUAAUUGAAGAAACUGUAGACAGCUUUGUUAUUCCUCCUCCCGCUCCGCCCCCACCUCCGAUCAGCGCGCAGCCCAAUAUGGCUAAAGUUGUUCCCCAAAGGACAUCUAAGCUAUGGGGUGAUGUGACGGAGGUGAAAAGCCCAAUUCUCUCAGGCCCAAAGGCUAAUGUUAUUAGUGAAUUGAACUCAAUACUCCAGCAAAUGAACAGAGAGAAAUCCUCAAAGCCAGGGGAAGGAUUGGAGUCACCUACUGGAACAAAAACUGCAAGUCUCAGUACAAGGAGCACGGAAGUCAUGAGUACUGUCUCAGGUACACGAAGUACAACAAUCACUUUUACUGUCCGACCUGGAACCAGCCAGCCGAUCACACUGCAGAGCAGGUCCCCAGACUAUGACAGUAGGACCUCAGGAGCAAGACAUGCUCCAAGCCCUGUGGUUUCACCAACAGAGAUUAAUAAAGACAUCAUGCCUGCUCCUCUGACUGCUUCUGCUUCAGCUUCAUCUCCUUCUCCAACUUUGUCCGAUGUAUUUAGCCUACCCAGCCAGCCCCCUUCUGGGGACUUAUUUGGCUUGACCACAGGGCGCAGCAGGUCUCCUUCUCCCUCAAUACUACAACAGCCAAUCUCAAAUAAGCCUUUUACAACUAAGCCUGUCCACCUGUGGACUAAACCAGAUGUGGCAGAUUGGUUGGAAAGUCUAAACUUAGGUGAACAUAAAGAAACAUUUAUGGACAAUGAAAUAGAUGGCACUCAUUUACCAAAUCUACAAAAGGAAGAUCUGAUAGACCUUGGAGUGACUAGAGUUGGGCACAGAAUGAACAUAGAAAGAGCUUUGAAACAGCUGCUGGACAGAUAAGAAUAGCUAUUUUGCCUCACAAACUUCUGUUGAUAACUAGAGAUGGGCUGGUACUGAAAUACCCCAAAUGCCUUGUCUGUCUGCGAGUGCCAGCAAAAUUGGGGGGAGGGGGGGAACAGUUUAAUUCCUGGUACUCAGGUAAUGCAGACUGUAUGCUACAUGCCCAAACGUAAAUCUAAAUAUGUUACACGAGUGGGGCCAUUUUAUUUCAAAGUUGUGGGGAGAUAUGAGAGAGAGAGAGAAAAUUGUUAACUUCAAAAAUACUAUCUCUUGAUACUGCCCUUCUGCUGGAACCAUUACACACCACUUUUCUUUCAAUUUAAAGUUGCAAGCAUUUCAUUUUUUUAUUGAAAAGCACUAUAGUCUCUUCUUGCCAUUCAGUCUCCAAGCAGGCUUCCUUCCCCAACCCUCAGUUCAUUUUAAGAGGACAGAGUGCUUCAUUACCACUCAAACCCAUUUUUGGUAGUAGCAGAGGCACAAUAUUGAGACAGGUACCGGAGUUCAUAAUACUGGUUUUUUACUAGUUUAGCGCUCUGAUUUGUUGGCAGUGAAGCUGGUUGUUCUGCUGGAAUUAGUUCAAAGGUAACCUUGCUCUGUUUUACCUGGUAUUUCUUUAUUUCUGCAGUUAUACUUAGCACUCUUCCAAGGUGGCAGAACAAGUUCAGUACAUGCUCCAUUGACUUGACCUGUAAGACGAUGCAGACGUUGCAUAGAAACCGAGGAGGAAUGCACACUUAGAGGUACAACUAAAUGAAGCUAGUUUGAACCUGAGACCCCCAGUUUUCAACCAGCUAAACUACUGCUAAGUCGCAAUAUGAACUCUACAAGCCAGUAAAAAUUUGGGGUUAUGUACAGACGCGUCUUUUGGACUUCACAGUCAGAUACUCAAAUAUGCUGAACCCUGAGAGAUGCUGUUUAAUUCGGUGAGUGGUAAGUGCUUAGCUAUUUUGAACGCCAGGCCCAGAAGGAAUAAAAAGAUAGAUGAAUGUUCCCGUUGAAGUCAGUGGGAAGGCUGCCAGUGUUUUAGGUGAGAGGGGCAUUUCAGUCUCUUAGCAGAAAUGGAAAUGUUUCAGCUCAUUAAAAAAAAAAAAAAAAAAAAAGGUAAAAAGGUAAUGCCAAGACAGAAAGAGGUAUCUAGUGUCUCAGCACGCACGUGUUCCAAGGGCCCGGAGAAUUGGGUAGGUAUCCAGUUCCUCGUUUCUGUUGCCGUUAACGGGUGUUGGCUUCUUGACAAGGACAGCAGGCUGAGCGCUUCGGGGGGAGCUGGACGCUGCCCGUCGGCCUCCGGCCGUUUCUUUGCAGGGCUGUGGGUGAGGUCGCGGGAGAGGCGCAUGCACCACGCUAGAAACCGGGCGCCCGUGGCCGAGCGUGGACUGGGCGGUGGGGUAAUACAGCUCAGGAGCUUUCCAGGAGACUUCGGUCAGCAGGGGGAAACACACAGAUUUGGUUAAUCUGACUAUUUUUUUCUUUUUUUCCUUUUUUUUUUUUUUUAAAGUUAACAAGUCUCUCUCUGCAUGUUUGAACUCCCCUUGUAAUUAACACCUCUUAAUAUCUGUGAGUUUUGUAGGUCUUUAUUAACAUAAUAUUCAAGAUGUUCGAGGUGGGUAAAUUGUGUGUGGAUGGCUAGACUGCCUACCUACCAUACUUUCAGGUUCUCUUACAUUUUGCAAGGUACCUGAACUUUCUUUCCUUGAUAUGGUCCUUGAUAUGGUCCAGCCUAUCUCUAAUUUUUUUAUUGUGAUUAUUUUUGCUCACAAACAAGUGUCUAAUUAGGUCUGCAACAGCCCUAGUAUGAGUACAUAAAGUUUAGCAUUUUAAAUAUCUUUCUUUACUGCAAGUUUAAAUAGUUGUACAGAUAGUUUAUAAGCACAAUAUUUUAAGAAAAUAAGUGGCUGGUCUACUGGGCAGCCUUUGUGCCACUUCAGUGCUAGAAAGUUAAAAACAAAAAACAAAAAACAAAAAAAAAACUUUUGUGGUUUACUACUAUUUCUGUGGAAUAAUUAUAAAGUCUUGACCUUUUUAAAAUCAACCUCAUUUGGAUGCAUCGAAACCAGCAGAGCUGUGUUAUAUUUUCUAUCUUUGCUAGAACUUCUACAAAGGAGGAUAAAUAUUUCUUCAAAAGUGGUUAUCGUUACCAAUGCAUUGGAUACUCAUAAAAAGCAACUUAUUUAGCCUCCUGCCCCCUUUACGGAACAACAAAUCUUUUGACUUAACAUCUGUUACUACGCUAUAUUUGUAUUUGAAAGUUCCAAGUAACCUUGUAAUAAAAACCAAGUACUAAGGCAUUUUACUUUCAAGAGUACUGAAUUUUUCCAUAGGUGGUGUAGAAAAUGGCAGUUUCAUUCAGAUAGUCGAUACAGGCAACUCGAGGCCAUCAAAUACUUUACGAAGUGUAAAAAUGGUAAUUUAGCCAUCAUUGUCUUCCAUUUGGUGAUAUGACAGAAUUCAGUAAAUAAACCACUAAUGCCAUGCUCUUUUUUUUUUUUUUAUUUCUUUGGGUACAGUUGAUAUUACCUCUAUAAUACGUGCCAGAAAAUAUAUUAGAAAAAUACGGUAGUAAAAGCAAAUGUAGAAGUUGACUUUUAAGCUGCUUUUUUAAUCACAACCUCCUUGUUGAAUUUACAUUGAACAAGUGCUGACAUACACGGUAAAUUCCAGUUUGACGGUAAUCCCUUUCUUACCCAGGUGUGUUUCUUGCUCGUGUAUCUUUUCAGGUACUGAGAGACUAGGUACGAUACAAUUAGUAGAAAAGAGGUUUGACGCAUUAAAGAGCUAACAAAAUAGUUUAUUUUUACAUUGUGUCUUAAAAAGGAAAGGUAAGGAGACCUGAGAGGACCUACUUUCACCACUAAAAUACACCUCCGCCAAGACGAAUUGGUCUCUAGCUCUGGGUGAUGAUUUUUGCUACAGAAAGCAAUAGUAACAGAUAACGACGUUGCCGCCGAGUAUUUUCAUCAGUCUGGAAAUGUUGGGGGGGAGAAGACCCAUUUAUUUCCUGCUACUAUGAUAGUGAAAAACAAGGUGUUAGAGAUCUAUGAACUACGUUAUGAUAUUCUGGGUUUUAGGAUCAACUUUUGUUUAUAUACUGUAAUUUAAAUAAAUUGCAUUUACAUGCCUAGUUUCUGUAAUAUUUGUGUAUACAAUACCAAAAUCUUACAAGAUGUAAAUUGUGUAUAACUGCACAGACUCCUUUCCCUAGGUGUCUGAGAACAUUUUAAGUUUAAUUCAUAUAUUAUAAAAUGACUAGAUGUGACUGUUGAUUUACAGAAUUUACAUAUCACAAAAGUUAAUUAUUUGUGGUACUUAAGUUAAUAAAAAUAGUGAUUUUUUUUUCUUUUUUUCCUCAGUUCUUAAAAAGCAUUACCCAGUUGAUCUGGCGAUGAUUAUGUGUAUGAGCCACAAAUAUUGAUAAUUUUUCCAUUACAUUUUUUCUUUUCUUUUCUAGAUAUUAAUAUGUUUCUCGCUAUAGUUUGUGUAACAACUUGUGUUCACGUUAUCUAUGUUGCUGUAAUUUUUGUGCUUUAAUUCCUCUUAUUUCGACUGAUUAAAAAAAAUCAAGCUCCUGUAACUUGCACUUUUCCCCCAUCCUUAAUACUCUUGUAUGGCAACCAAAAUUACUGUAAGAAAUAAAUAUAAUAUUGCACUAAGGUUGUGGUUCUGAUUGCAAACAGAGAACACUGUCUGAAUUUUUAUUAAAAAAAAAAAAAGUUGCCAAAAAACUUGCAAUCUGAUGUUAUUGAAAGCGCAUAAAAUGCUUUAACAAAAUGUAGAUAGAAUUAAGGCAAAAUAAUUGACGUAUUGUCGGGAAAAACAUUUCCUUUUUAUUUCUUCUUUUCGGUUAAAGCAUUCUUCAUGCCGAACAUUAGUUCAUUUACUGAAUGUCAGAUUCAUGUUUGAAAUUUAAGAAGUAAAAAAUUUUCAGCAAGAGGUAGAAAAAAAAAAUACAUCUCUAGUUGCCUUAAGGCGGAUUUCGAAUAAUUAUUUCAUUUAUUUUUUUCUUGGCUGAGCGUGUGUGUGGGAAUGCAUGCUCUCAACUCAGCACUGCUGGUUGUAGAAGGGACUCGACUGGGGAUCUGGUCUGCAAUUUAAUAAAGCACUGAAAAGUUUUUUUUGGGGGGGAGGACUGGAGUUUUUGGAGGGCAGAGCAGCUUUACGGAGGAGAAAAGGAACCAGUGUUCCUUAUCAGACUUUGUGCAUCUUGUGACUUAAAAAAAAAAAAAAUGUACCAGCUGGGUAUAUUUGUACUGUGAAUAAACAAGGCUUAAAAAUGGGAAGAAAAAAAAAAAAGGAAACAAUUCACAUCUUUUGGCUUAAUCUAAAAAUUUGUCUUUCUAUCUUGAAAUGGUGAUGCAAUGAAGAAUUUUUUUUAUUUUCUAAGAUACUGGAAUAAAUGCCUAGAACUGUUGCCACUUGGUUUCAUGCGUUCCUUAACUAUUAUUCUCUUCUCAGAUGUUGUUCUAGUUCAUCAUUUCUGUAGUUACCUAUUAUUUCUCUCAUAUUUUUCCAAUGACAAUUACUUGGCAGCUUUGUUUUGUUAAAAAAGAUCCAAGAAAAAAAACCAGCCCUUUUUUAUUAUUUCAGGUAUUGCGGCAAUCCAGUGAGAAACAUCUGUGUAUCUAAAUAAAGUCAGGUACUUACAGUGCAAAACAAAGCACGCUUUGCAAUUGUCAAUACUUUGUCGGUCGUAAAGAAAUGAGAAGAUUUGCUCAUUGCUGUUGUAGCGCACAUUGUACCAAUGGGUUAUGUUUUGUUUCGUUCUUGGUUUUUCUGUAUUUUUCUGUAUCUUUCUGCAUUUAGUAGUCUUUCAUUCCUUUUGGCCGAAACCAUGAAAAAAAAAAAAAAUAAAAAACCAAACCACCAAACCAACCAAUAGCUAUGAUGGGCCAUCCGGAAUAGCACGAUUGUAACAAUUCUUCCGAACACGUGGUUUAAAAAAAUAAUGUACGUGCCUUAUAAUUUUCAACCUGGAUCAACUACGCUGUAUUUAACGUAAAGAGCUUUAUCUUCAAGGUAUGCUCGUACCUGACAAAAAGAGCUUGUAGCGCUGGGUUUUGACGUGAGAAGUCCAUGUCGCUGCGUUAGGAAAAAAAAAAAAAAAAGGUUAGAAAACCCGAAAUGAUUUACAUCUGAUUUCGAAACCUUUUCAGCAUUACGAGGCUGAUUUGAAGUCCUCUACUCAAGUAAAUGGGGGAGCAGGGGAGAAAAACUGAACCGAGACUGUUAUUUUGGGUUUACUACCGUAGCCACUUGCUUGGUUCGUCGCGUAGGUGACAUGUACUGUAUUUCACGGACAAGGUAAUAAUGCUAAAUAAACCAAGCGGACUUAGGCGCUCGGGUCUGAAACCAACCGGUUCUAUCACGCUGACAUCUAGUGGAAUUUGAUGGAUGUAGUCUCAGAGCAAUAUAAGAUCUUUUAAAAUAUGUAUUUAUUUUAAACGGUUGUCAUUCUUUCUACAAGGAGUCAUUUUAGCAAAGUUUUUUAUUAGUGUAAGUUGGCCUGAAUAUUUAAGUCAGGAAAAAAAAAAAAAAAAAAAGGCUGACCGUAUAAUUACAGGAAUUAUACACUGAGUGAGAAAUCUUUAAAGAACUGUAAUGUGUGUUCCAGUUUGUAUGUGGUUACGUUUUACCAAUUUUAUGUUUUGAAUGUUAGCAUCUCCAUAUGAUCCUUCAUCUGCAUCAAGCAUGGUUUUUAAUGAGAAUACAGGUUUUUUUUGUCUCCAGUGCUGCAAAUCUUGGACUGUUUUGAACAAUUUCAAACAUUGCAAUUUGAUGAACAGCAGAUAUUUCAGAGCCGGACUGCAAAAGAGUGCAAGGUAUUUAGGUUAGGAAUUAGUUCGGAAUAGCUCCGUGGGUUAUUUUCCAGAUGUACUUGCAGAACUGAAGUCUGGUUUCUCAAGUAAAAUGUAAGGUUUUUUUCCUCAGGACUAACGCUAGAAGGAAUACGUGCACGUGUGUGUGAGUUCUUGUACGCUUUUAAUGUAAAGGUUCUCGGACAGCAUUAGAAAUCAAUGUACACCUAGGACACCAGUGUUGCAUGUGCUUAAAAAUGUAUUGGAAUAAAUGUCGCAGUGUACCUUUUUGCUUUGAAAAAUCUGAAGAGAAUACAAUAUACAGAAAUCUUAAAAUGUAA